ACAACAAUGACAACCACAAUGCCAACAACGACAACGACGACAACCACAAUGCCAACAACGACAACGACGACAACGGGAAAACCAACAGCAAAUGUUGUAGUGACGCGGUCGUUUGCCAUGGAUAUAAAAUAUAAUGAUGCAUACAACAACCCCAGCCACGAAGUUUAUAUAAACGUUGAUAACGCUAUUAAAACGCAAUGUAAGGAGCACAUCCGAACCCUUCAAUCAGCAGAAAUAUCUGAAUUCAGGAGUGGAAGCACCGUCGUUGAUUACACCAUCACAGCAACAACUUUUGGAGAAGGAGAACUUGAAGCAGUUAAAGUUGGGAUAUUUACAAAUCUGUCAAGAAUCUAUUCCAUGAUUUUUGACAGCCCAACAUCCUUACCUUUUAACCCCCCUUUUUUGGGACAAAAACUGUCUUUGACUUGUGGUCCUAUACCAGCGAUUCUGAACUUUACUGACAGCUGGACUGCAGAGUGGAGACGUAACGACGAGAUAAUACUUGAAGAUAGUCUGCACAGUUUUGCAAAACAAGCGAAAACCGCAACUUUAACUGUGUUACAGUUUUUUACCACUGACAAAGGACGUUAUGAAUGUAAGCUGAAAGAAAAAAACGUUUUCAAACAGCAAUCCAAAGGAGAGAUCAUUUACAAGGUGUUACCCAUCAUCCAAUUAAAACCAAUGACAGUAAAGAUCAAGUGUGAGGCCGGAAAGCGUGUGUUAGUGGAGUGCUCCGUCAACAGCCCCUACAUGGUGGAGUUUAAAGAUUUACCUGUUGCAGGCAAAGGUCUUGAAAUCGACUAUGAAUAUUCAAUUGAUGGGUGUCCAUCCCCAGAACGGAAGUUUACUUGUCAAGAGGUAAACUUCCCUUCAUUUAAAAAAGAAAUAACACUAAAAACAUCCACAGAGGACUUCCUAUGUGUCUCAGAAAGUGUCUUUGGCCAGGGAGUGCUUGGUGACAGGGCUCCAGGUCCUUGUGAUCCAAACGAGGUUGGAGAAAAGAUUGCAGAGUGUCAGGAAAAUGGAACGUGGAAAGUUAUAGAAGAAAACUGCGUCCUACGGCAGAUUUAUGAGCUGCUUGACCAGUCUACGACCUUAAAUAACAAUUCCCUGGCAGCAUUCUUGGACAAACUCAGCAAUGUCACUAUCGAAUUCGAUGAGGAAGUGGCUGUAUCGCCUGCCAACGUCAAUGCCCUCGUUGACACUCUCAACAAUGUAGCAGACAAAAUAUCAUCUUUGAAUAUCCUAGUCACUGAAAUCUAUAUGGAGGAUAUCCUAUUAACUGUAGGUGUCCUCACCACAGACGGGGCAAAGCAAUCAUGGGACUCUCUAAACACCAAAUCCACCACAAAGAGCUCAGUAUCAUCCCCAACAAGAAGUAAAAUCCCCAAAGCUAAUAAUCCCAGCUCGUCAUUAUUGCUGUCUCUUGAGACUAUAACAAGUAACCUUGACAAUAACUCUUUUGAGAUUGCGACAUCUUCUAUUCUCUUGACCAAAACUACAUUCAAGGACACAUUCAAUGAUGACUUUAACUCGUCGGUGGAGAUACACAUACCAGAGGCUGAUGGAGGGAUUAAGUCAAUUACUGUGCUUACGUUUUCCUCAAUGGAUAACGUACUCCCUGCAAGAGAUGAAGACAAUUCCACAUCCAAUGUCAUCAACGGGAGAGUCGUGCUUGUAAAGUCCGGUGGCACCAUCAGUAAUAUUUCUUUUGCAUUUGAUGUUAUUAACAAUGCUCUGAGGAACCCUCAGUGUGUUUUCUGGAACUUCAGCCUCUUUGAUGGUCUCGGCGGAUGGGACGGCGAGGGCUGCCAGUUGAUACUCAGCGUCAACCAAACCGUCACCUGCACUUGCAACCAUCUGACCUCGUUCUCCAUCCUUAUGUCACCCUACGUACCAAAUUCCCCUGUGUUGGAUUACAUAACCUACAUUGGAGUUGGCAUAUCUAUGGCUUCCUUGGUUAUAUGCCUCAUCAUUGAGUCUAUCAUAUGGAGAAAAAUUAGAAAGAACAACACCUCCUACUUGCGUCAUGUUUCCAUCGUUAACAUCGCUGUGUCCCUCCUGAUUGCAAACAUUUGGUUUAUUAUUGGGGCAGCCAUCUCAGAUGAGGAUGUGAAAAACCCACCAGCAUGCAUCGCAGCCACCUUUUUCAUCCAUUUUUUCUACCUAGCCCUGUUUUUCUGGAUGUUAGCCUCAGCUCUGCUUUUGCUUUACCGAACAAUCAGUGUCUUUGGUGGGGAUUUGUCUAAACAUUCUAUGUUGGCUAUUGGAUUCAGUCUAGGCUAUGGGGCACCUCUCAUCAUUGCAAUCAUAACCAUAGCUGUUACUGCACCCUCAGGCGCUUACAUACGGGAUAGCGGGGUCUGCUGGCUCAAUUGGGAAACAUCCAUGGCUCUUCUAGCAUUUGUGAUCCCUGCACUGACAAUAGUGGUGAUAAACCUGGGUAUCCUGCUUGUGGUGUUAUACAAAAUGUUGAGGAGAAGGUCAGUGGUAGAUACUGCACAGGCUGCUGAGAAGAAUGCUCUAGCGGUUAUUGCGAGAGCUCUGGCUUUCCUCACACCUUUUUUCGGAUUAACUUGGGGUCUGGGAGUUGGAACCAUGACUGCAAAAGAAGGGCAAAGACUAGGAGUCCAUAUCGCAUUUGCAUUCUUCAAUUCACUGCAGGGUUUCUUCAUAUUGCUGUUUGGAACACUGUUGGACAAAAAGGUGCUGACAGAAAUGGCAUUAAUCUCACAAACAUCCAGAAGUGGGACAAGGAGCACCAGCGACGGAACUUCCUCAAGUGGAUGGGGCAUCCUCCGGAACUGGAGAAGAGGAAGAGAUGGUUACAAUGUGUCAUCGAAUGGAGACGGUUCGUACCACACCAACUCUUGAUGUUCUUUGCAGACAGCUUCGGUGACAACAAGCCAAGCAGACAGCUCACAACCACACUAUAAUGAAAAACUAUUUAUUCUGCAUUAUAUGCUUUUUGUUGGAUGUAUUAUAAGAAUCAUAAUAUGCAAAUCAUUUUUGUAGAUUAUGAUUGUUUUUGACAAUGUUUUUGUCAUUUAAUAUAUUUUGUCUUGUUUACUCAGUCACAAAUCAUUACUUCAUGGGUGAGAACAUGUUUUAGAGUUUGUGUAAGGUUAGGUUGAGGUCUGGGGUAGAGUUUGGCAGGUAGUGGUCAUAGUUAAUGGUAAGUCUAGGAAAUUAGUGUAAGUCAAUGGAGACAUGACUCUGCAUUAGCGUGUGUGACUGAGUGAGUAAUAGUAUUCAGCAUUCAUUAUUUUCAAACAAUGAAAUGUCCACAAAGUAGAUGCAAAAUGGUUUGUUUUGGUUUGCCAAUCAAAUCAGUUGCACAAGGCAAGAUCGUCUUACACAGAUCAUUGAACUUGUUUACUGAAGAGCUGGCAUCACAAUGACAAAUUGUCUUGGGCUGGACCCUCAGGCCAAAAGGGGAGGAGCAGGAAUUACUCCUAGGUUAUUGUGUGUGCGUGUGUGUGUGUAAACGGUAAAUGGACUAUAUUUAUUUAGCACUUUUCUGGUCUUAUUGACCACUCAAAGCGCUUUACAGAACAAGUCCCAUUCACCCAUUCACACACAUUCAUAUGGCGCUGCUAUUAAUACAUAUGGAUUUUUCUGUCACAUUCAUACACUGCUGAAAGAGUAGUCAGAGGCAAUUGAAGUGUCUUGCACAAGGACACAUCGGUAUGCGGACUAGGUGAAGCUGUGAUUGAACAGCGACCUACUCACUUUAUUAAUUUGUAUUUUAGAAAGCAUUGAAUUCUUAAUACUGAAAUGUUGAAAUUAGUUUUUUUCUGGGUCAGUUACAUAGUUUUUCUAGUUUGGGAGUUUAAAACAAAGUAGCACAGUGAAAGUUGCUAACAAGGUAAUUGAGAGUCACUGCACAUAUAUAAAGAUAAGCCUUCCAGAGAAACACAUGUUGCACAUGUAGUGAAAUUGUGUCAAAUAGGCGUGCAUUUUUACUUUAAAAAAAAGCAGUUGCAAUAUGGAGUAGAACAAAUGUAUCACCUCUAUAAAUUAUGUUUUUCUUGAAUGAAACGUUAUUUGUAAUUACAAUUAAACCCUGUGUAUGCACAUCCAA